CAGGAUAGCAACAGUAUCUUCAUCCAUUUGCCCUUUUGUUUGGGGGAGUCACCGGGGAAGCCUUGGUAGCAUGGUAAGCCAAUCAAUAAAAGGCUAAGCAGCAGAAGUACCCGCCUUUCAACGAAAUCCGUCCAAUCGGCGACGGCUCCUUGCAGCAUGGGCGUUCCCAUCCCCCACCCAUCCUUUGACACUGCCCUACCGGAGCUGUGUGGUUGAGCGAAGUGAAUGACGUCUCUGCAUUUGCGGGCCGCCGACGCAGGGCUGGGUUUCCAUUUUCAGAGCGAGUUUCGGGGGGGAUCGUCAACAUGGAGCCGGAGAUAGAGGACAAAACGUUGGAGCUGAUGAACACAUCAGGAAUGGAGUCACCGAACCUUGUGGAUGAUCUAUCGCCAAAGAAGAACACUGUUCUCUGGCUUACUAAUGGUCCUGUGAUGGGCUCCCGCAAGCGUCCUUCGGAGGGAAACUAUGAGAAGGAGAAAGAACACUGCAUCGCACUGUUUGACCAGUGGUCAGAGGCAGACCAGGUGGAGUUUGUUGAGCGCCUGAUCUCCCGUAUGUGCCACUAUCAGCACGGUCACAUCAACUCCUACCUCAAACCUAUGCUGCAGAGGGACUUUAUCACUGCGCUGCCAGCCCAAGGCUUGGAUCACAUAGCAGAGAACAUACUGUCGUUCUUGGAUGCCCGCUCGCUUUGUUCGGCAGAGCUGGUGUGUAAGGAGUGGCAGCGGGUCAUCUCUGAGGGUAUGCUGUGGAAGAAGCUCAUUGAACGCAUGGUCCGCACCGACCCACUCUGGAAAGGCCUGUCUGAGAGACAUCAGUGGGAAAAGUACCUAUUUAAGAACCGCACAUCAGAAGUUCCACCCAACUCCUACUAUCACUCCCUUUAUCCCAAGAUCAUUCAAGACAUAGAGACUAUUGAGGCUAAUUGGCGAUGUGGACGACACAACCUGCAGAGGAUUCAGUGUCGCUCAGAAAACAGUAAAGGGGUUUACUGUCUCCAGUAUGACGAUGACAAGAUCAUCAGUGGCCUUAGGGACAAUUCUAUAAAGAUCUGGGAUAAGCAGACUCUCGAGUGUCUAAAGAUACUGACCGGUCACACAGGCUCAGUGUUGUGUCUGCAGUAUGAUGAGAGGGUCAUCGUCACUGGGUCAUCUGACUCAACCGUCAGGGUGUGGGAGGUAAUGACCGGUGAGGUACUAAACACACUUAUCCACCACAAUGAAGCUGUGCUUCACCUGCGCUUUGCGAACGGCUUGAUGGUCACCUGCUCCAAAGACCGUUCGAUUGCAGUUUGGGACAUGGCCUCACCCACAGACAUCAGCCUCCGUCGGGUCUUGGUUGGACACAGGGCCGCUGUCAAUGUGGUCGAUUUUGAUGACAAAUACAUUGUGUCUGCUUCUGGCGAUCGCACCAUUAAGGUAUGGAGCACCAGCACCUGCGAGUUUGUCCGCACUCUAAAUGGUCACAAGCGGGGUAUCGCCUGUCUACAGUAUAGAGAUCGCCUUGUCGUUAGUGGCUCGUCUGACAACACAAUCCGGUUAUGGGAUAUUGAAUGUGGCGCUUGUUUGCGAGUUCUGGAAGGUCACGAGGAGUUGGUGCGCUGCAUCCGCUUUGACAACAAGAGGAUUGUGAGCGGCGCCUACGAUGGAAAAAUUAAGGUGUGGGACCUGCAGGCAGCCCUGGACCCACGAGCCCCAGCAAGCACAUUAUGUCUGCGCACUCUUGUGGAGCAUUCUGGUCGCGUGUUCCGUCUACAGUUUGAUGAGUUUCAAAUCAUCAGCAGUUCUCAUGACGACACCAUUCUGAUCUGGGACUUCUUGAACGUCUCAACCAACGGGCAGUCAGAGGGACGGUCUCCCUCCCGCACCUACACAUACAUUUCGAGAUAGCAGGUGGCAGCAUCCUCUGCAUCCUUUCUUGAAGGAGCCCAGGGCUGAUCGGCUGAUGGGUGCGUCCAUCAUGGAAAGGAGCCCAUCUCUUCUCUUUCCUCCUCGUCAUCUCUCUGUCCACCUCCCACCCUGCCCCCGGCCAGCUCACCCACCCCGCCCGUUCUGAAAGACUCUCAAGCUUGUGCACAUUGCCUGCCAGAACCAUAACAUGUACACACAUAGACGCACACAUAAACACACAGGUCAACACG